AUGGGUUGCCCCAUUACACAAGAUGUGGCCGAGCAGGGGCUCGCCACCGAGUGUGACGUGGAUGGACAAGAUUCCCCACGUGCGGACAUGAUGGUCGAACAGGGGUUCCUAUCGUCGCCUACUGUGGUCGAACAGAGUUUCCCACAUGAGCAAGACGUGGUCGAGCAGGGGCUCCCACACGAGUCUGUGGCGGUAGAGCAGGGGCUCCCGCAUCAUGCGUCGACGGACGAGUAUGGACUACUCUCGUCACGCGAUUUCAACGUCCUGGAUGAGGACAUCCAGCGUCUAGAGGGGGGUGCAGAUUUAACACCUGACUGCGGUUCGCCAGCUUCGAGCAUGGACUCGAAGCACGAUGGGGACGCAAGCUACGAGAACUCAGCGUUGGAAUGUGUCCACGCUAUUGUUCCACCUCGCGACGCAUCGUCGAUUACGAGCCUUCCAGGACUCUCCUGGAAGCAUUUUCUACGUGACCUCAAGGGAGGCACGGUGGAACAAGUAUGUCUGGUCACCAACGAGGUGAACUAUGAGCCGAAUGAGGAGCGAAAGACGCGCCCUCGCAGCGCUGAGCAAAGGUCAGCGCGCGAAGAAAGAUUAGCGUCGCAAUCUUGGGAGGCUCUGCGCGAGUCUGGUAACCUUGUUUACGACAUUGCACGAGAGUACGCCGAUGUGUUCCCGGACAAGAUUCCGGCCGAACUCCCUGCCGAUCGUGGCGUGCGGCACGAGAUUGAUCUCGUGCCAGGAUCGAAAUAUUGUGUGACACGCCAGUGGCCGUUGCCUCGAGACCAAGUCGAGGCUAUUGAUGCAUUCUUCGUAGGUCGUCGCAAGGCCGGUCAUGUGCGUGAGAGUGUCUCACCCCAUUCGAGCCCAACCUUCUGCGUGAAGAAGGCUACGGGAGGCUGGCGUAUAGUGCAUGCGUUUAACAAGAUCAACGAUGCCACUAUUCCUGCCCAAACGCCUAUCCCCAGGAAAGACAUGGUUCUAAACUCCAUGUCAGGUAGCGUCAUCUUCAGCGCCAUCGAUCUGACCGAUGGCUUCUACCAGAUAUUGAUGCGAAAGAGUGAAAUACCACUCACUGCGGUGUCCACCCCGAGUGGUAUGCUAUGGGAGUGGCUGGUGAUGCCACAAGGAUUGAAGAACGCACCAGCCACUUUCAAUCGCAUGGUAUCUCAAGUGUUGAGACCGCUUCGAGACUUUGCUCCUAGCUACAUCGAUGACAUUUUUGUCCACAGUCGCGCUGAUGGCAACCUUAGUGUUGUCCAAGUUCACCUUCAACACAUGAAGCAGAUUCCGGUGCUGGGCUGCUACGUGAGUAAAUCGGGUGUUCGAGCCGAUCCAGAGAAGGUGUCGUCAAUCUGUUCUUGGCCCACACCCAAGAACCCUACGGAGUUACGUCAAUGGCUCGGUCUAGCUAAUUACUUGCAUAAGUACACAAAGGAUUACGCCGGUUCUAUACAGCCCCUGUCGUCACUUCUGAAGAAAGACGCCACGUGGUCGUGGCGUCCCGAACAUCAAGCAGCCUUUGACGCAGUGAAGAAGAGCCUGGCGUUGGCGCCAGUGUUGAUACUCCCUGACGACACCCAGCCGUUUCACGUGGUGUGUGAUGCAAGUGACUUUGCAAUUGAUUGCGCCAUCAUGCAGUUCGAUCAUGAGGGCCGUGAACGAGACGUGAGCUACCAGUCACGACAGAUGAAACCGGCAGAGAAGAACUAUCCGGUUCACGAUAAGGAACUGCUAGCGAUGCGCUAUGCACUCAUCAAGUUUCGUGUCCACCUACUGGGCGAACGCAUGUUCGCCCUGUAUACUGAUCAUGCAUCGCUGCGAACAGCAAUGAAGAGCCCACACCUGUCACAGCGGAUGGCACGGUGGCUCUCUUUCUUUGACGGGUACAACUUCGUCGUGCACUACAAGCCAGGCAAGACCAAAAAAAAACAUUCUUGCUGA